AUGAACCAGAUUUUCUAUCCUUUGACUUAAGUAUAGAGAACAUCAACUAGACAAAUUAAUAAAGUGAUAUACUAUAGUAAUCCUUUACCAGAAAUAAAACUAAAAUCUAACGAUCUAAAAUAAUCUAUAUAUGAUUGGUAUCAAUUCUUCUAAUUUCAAGGUUGAGACAACUAAAUUAGGAACAAUUAGAAGAAGUGCUUUCCUUUACUUCUUAUUUUAGAGUUUAUUAAUAUCUUAAAAUGUUCAAAAUAGAUCAAAAUGGGAUGCAUGAAUAUUAAGAAUUAUUAUGUAGUCCUUUUGAAGUGAAUAUAGCAUAGGAACUCAAUAAAUAUUAUUCUAUUUAAAAUUGCAAGCGUUUAAAUAAAAUUGAUUUAAAUGCUCAUAAGGUAUAUAAUAAAUUUCAAUAAAUUAAAGUACAUCCUUGAUCACAUCUAUGUGUCUGAUUAUGAAUGGUUAUUUGAUACCAUUAUAUUAAAAGGGGAUGUUGAAUAAAUUAUUAAUUCAUUUGAAACAAUAUCUAAUGGUACCAUAUUUACAAGUUGUGGAGAAUUAGAAUCUCAUGAGGAUGAAGGAUAUUUUGAAAUUAAUCUUAAAAAAUAGAAGGUCUAUUAAACAUUAUCUGAAUUAUUAGUUGAUGAAUUUCAAAUUGCUAUUUUAUUAAAGUACUUAAUCAAGUCUAAUUAAUAGGUAUCAUUAAUCUUGUGAAAGGAAUAAUUACACUUAUCAAAAAAAUUUAUUAAAUUUGAAUAAUGUAAGAUUUAAUUAUCUAUCUUUGAACUUAAAUUAAGCUUAUCUUGAGUUUAAAUAAUUGUUUACUCAUUAAUCAAAUUAGUAGUAAUUAAUUACUGAAUUUAACUUAAUUUAAUCAUGGAACGAGCAUAUUAAAUAAAAUUCAUUGUAGUUUAAAACUCUUUGUUAAGAAAUUUAAUACUAUUUUAAUUAACCUAAAGAAUUAUUUUCUGUACCUCUCAAAUAAAUUCUUAAUGAAUUUGUUCUAUUUUGUAAAUUUUUGAUUUCUAGAACAUUACUCAAAGAAUUUCCAUUAAAUUAAGUACCUGAAAUUAUAAGAGUCCAACAUAAAUAGGAUAAAUAAACAUAUCAUUAAUUGUAGCAGCUUAGCAAUUUAUUCAAAAAUUCAUCAAAAUCUAAAAUAUUACCUUAAAAUGAUUAAAGGCUAUUUAGCACAACCAAUGAAGAAAUAGAAAAUCAUUUUUAUGAAUUCACUAAUUCGUUUAUAAAGAAGUUAAUGGAUGAAACAUUUAUAGAAUUAGAAAAUCAAAAGAAAUUCAAAAAAUAAAAAUAGAAAAAGGUAAAAAGUCAAAAAAAACAAUAUAUGAGUGAAUGUACUUCAAAUUGCACUGAGUAUUAAUAGUUAUAACAACAGCAAGAAAUUCAAUUUGGUGAUGAAGAAUGGAUUAAUGAUACAUAAUCAAAGAAUCAAAAGAAAAAAUAAAGAAGAAAAGAGUAAUUAUACUAUUUAAUCUUAGAAAUCAAGAAAAGAAGAAAUUUAAGAAAUUACCUGAAAUUUAGUAGGUAUAAUCAAACCAAAUAAUUGAAACUUAAUAAUUUGAAACCUCAUAAAAAAUAGAAAACCAAAAGUAAGUAGAAAUUUAAGAAUAAGUUUAAGAGACAUUUCUUUGUACAACAACUUCUACUCAUGAUGAUGAUUGUGAAUUUAUUGAAGUGACCAAGAAGAAAUUUCAUAUGAAAAAAAAAAAAUAAAAUAAUAAAAAAGAUAAAGAAUUAAAAGAGGUCUAAGUUGAAAAAUAAGUUAUCUUAAUAAAGAAAUCUAAUUCUUAAAAUUAUUUGUCUGAUGAUUAAAAAAUGGAAAAUUAAACUCCCAAAAAGACUCUAUCUUAAAAAAAAGAAUAAGAGAAUACUUCUCAAAAACCAGGUUUAGUAAAAAGCUUAAGCAGAGACUAAAAAACAUAUAAAUAUGAUAUGGAUAAAGAUACUCUUAAUAAUAUAUAUUAGAGCAUUUUAGAACAUAAAAUUUCAAGAGAUAUAUAAUCAAUAUAUUAAAAAGAAUAGGAUAAUCUAUUAAAAUUUAGGACAGCAAGAGAUGUUGCUAUACUUAGAUUGUAACACAUUAUUAAAGCCCAUUUCUUUUAAUUUCAAGUUGAGCCAGUAAUUUUUGGUUCAUCAAGAACAGGUCUGGCCUUGCAUGAUAGUGAUGUUGAUAUGGUCGUUUUUGGGUUACCUGUGUUUACAAAAGUAUAACUUUUUGAACCUAUGAGAAAACUGUUGGAAGUUUUCUCAUAAAUGAAAUGGGCUAUUAGUUACAAGUAUUUUAUCCUUUUUCACACCUUUUAGACACAUAUUUCAAGCAAGUAUACCAUUAAUUAAAAUAACAAUUGAUCCUUCUAUUGGAUUUUUAGAAUUUUUAGGAAAUCCAAUUUAUUAUGUAAUGAAUCAUAGAAAUAUAGAAUAAUUGAAUUUGAAAUUUGGAGAAUAAUGUAUUGAAUUAUUUUAAAUUAAAGCUUAAAACAUUUAAAUUGAUAUCACAUUUGAAUUAUAGUAACCUUACCCUAUGUAUGGAUAUUAAGGAUAUCAUAUUGGACUACUCUCAACAAAUUAUCAACGUUAAGUUGGAAUUUCAGUAAAAGGAUUCACAGAAGUAGCAGUAGUCUUAAAGAAAAUCUUAAAAUAAAAAGGAUUGAAUGACUCUUACACUGGAGGAGUGAGUUCAUUUUGUUUAACUAUUAUGUUAGCUGCAAUAGGUGAGAAUAUUUCUAUGGGAGAUAAAUUAUUGUAAUUUUUGUUAAGAUAUGGAUGGAAUUUCGAUCCUGAAUAAUAAUGUAUUUCAUUAAAUUCAGAGGAGACUUUUAUGCCUAUUUAUGAAUAAGGAGAUAAAUUACCUUUGAAUAUAAUUUCACCUAUUAAUGAUGAGAAAAUUCAAAUUUAUGUCUCAAAGAUAUAAGAAAUUCUAUAAGUCUUUAAAGAACUAUAUUUGGAGUUGAAGGAAAAUAUGAAUCAAAUAGCAAUAAGUCUACAAAAGAAAUUAGAUUAAAAGGAAUUAUUAUAAUUAUAUUAAACAAAUAUUGAGAAGCUUGUUGAUCUGAUCUAAUGGCAGAAUACAAAUCUUCUUGAUAGUCAAUUCUGA